AUGUCGCACUACACUUUAGCAGAGGGUUGUCCUUAUGCCCGCAACGACACCACCGUGCAACUUCGCAAUGGUUCCGGCGGUGGAUUGGUCCUGCUCCAGGACACCCAGCUGAUUGAAACGCUGGCUCACUUCUCACGCGAGCGAAUUCCCGAGCGGACGGUCCACGCCAAGGCAGCCGGAGCAUACGGAGUCUUCGAGUGCACGCACGAUUGUACCGACAUCACCUCGGCCAGUUUCCUCAACACCGUGGGCAAAAAGACCGAUGUCCUGCUGCGCGUGUCCACCGUCGGACCCGAGAGUGGUUCAGCCGACACCACCCGGGAUGUGCAUGGUUGGGGAAUGAAGCUAUACACGGAUGAGGGAAAUCUGGACUGGGUGUUCAACAACACGCCCGUCUUCUUCGUCCGCGAUCCGAUCAAGUUUCCCUCCUUGAAUCGUUCCCACAAGCGGCACCCUCGCACCCACCGGCCGGAUCCUAAUAUGUUCUGGGACUUCCACACCGCCAACCCGGAGGGCAUCCACCAGCUCAUGCACCUGUUCAGUGACCGCGGCACUCCCGCCUCCCUGCGCCAUAUGAACGCCUACAGCGGUCAUACCUACAAGUUUACCAAGGAGGACGGCUCAUUCAAAUACAUCAAGAUCCACAUCAAAACCCAACAAGGCAUCAAGAACUUCACCCGCGAAGAAGCCACCAAAAUAGCCGGCGAGAACCCUGACUUCCUACUCGAGGACCUCUACGAGGCCAUCGAAAGCGGCAACUACCCCGUCUGGAACGUCUACGUCCAGGUCAUGGACUCCAAGGAUGCCGAGACCUACAAAUGGAACAUCUUCGACAUGACCAAAGUCUGGCCGCACCAGGACUAUCCCCUGCGCCAGAUCGGUCGACUCACUGUGAACCGCAACCCAAGAAACUACUUCACCGACAUCGAACAAGCAGCCUUCUCCCCCUCCAACAUGGUCCCGGGCUUCGCUCCCUCCGCUGAUCCCAUGCUCCAAGCCCGCAUGUUCGCCUACCCCGACGCGGCCCGCUACCGCCUGGGCACAAACUACCAAACGCUCCCGACCAACGCCCCGCACGCCCCGGUCUACUGCCCCUACCAACGCGACGGCUUCAUGAACUUCACGACCAACUACGGCUCCGACCCGAACUACAUCGGCUCAUCGCUCCACCCGACCACCUUCGCUACGAGCGCCACCUCCCCAUCCCGACCCGUCGCAAGCACUAUCACGGAGCAUGAGAAGUGGGUAGGUGAGGUGAGUAGUUUUACGACUACCAUGUCGGAGGUGGAUUAUGAGCAGGCGAGGGCGCUGUGGGGGGUGUUGGGCAGGGAGGAGGGUCAUCAGGAGAGGUUUGUGGAGAAUGUGUCGCUUACAGUGGCGAAGGUGGAGAGGAGGGAGUUGAGGGGGGGGGUUUAUGAUCUGUUUAGACGUGUUGAUUCGGACUUGGGGGCUCGGAUUGAGGCGAAGGUGGAGGGUGGGAUUUGA